AUGCAUUCCCUCCUCCCUUCCCUUCAGCAAUUGAAAUUGAGGCGUCUUCCACAACUUGAUUCAGUUCCAAAUGGGCGUUUGCCUUCCAAGUUAAAAUCCCUUUUGAUCCAUGAUUCUAUCAAACUCAACGCAUUAAGUCCAUCACUGCAAUCUCUCCUUUCUCUUUCAAGCUUCAGUUUUUGUGGGGACGAUGACGUGGAGUCCUUCCCUGGGGAGACACUGCUGCUGCCCUCCGCUCUUACAUUUCUUAGAAUCAACCGUUUGAGAAAGCUGAAAUAUCUGGACUACAAGGGGCUUCAGCACCUCACCUCUCUUCGCGAUGUGAUGAUCUGUGAAUGUCCUGAGCUUGAGCUCAUCCCAGAAGAGUCGCUGCCAUCCUCCACUGAAGACCUAAUCUUGGGUUUAAAAGAUCUGGACUACAAAGGCUUAAAGCACCUAACCUCUCUUCGCCAAUUGAAGAUCUGGAAUCAGGACUACAAUGGGCUUCAGCACCUCACCUCUCUUCGCAGUCUAAAGAUCGAUCUAUGUUCUGACCUUGAGUUCAUCCCAGAAGAGUCGCUGUCAUCCUCCAUUGAAAGUUUGGAUUUGAAAGAUCUGGACUACAAGGUGCUGCCCAUCCCAGAAGAGUCGUUACCCUCCUCCCUUGAACUCCUUGAAAUCCGGAAUCUGAAAUCUCUGAACUCCAAGGGGCUUCAACACCUCACCUCUCUUCGCGAAUUGAAGAUUUGCGGAUGUCCGAUGCUUGAGUCUAUGACAGAAGAGGGGCUGCCUUCUUCCCUUGAAAGCCUUGAAAUCACGAAUCUGAAAAAUCUGAAAUCUCUGCAGGGGCUUCAGCACCUCAACUCUAUUUGCAAUUUGGACAUCUGGAAUUGUCAGAAGCUUGAGUCCAUGCCAGAAGAGGGACUGCCCUCCUCCCUUACAUGUCUUAGAAUUUUCGAUUGUCCUUCGCUGGUAAAAAGGGUUUCAUCUAUUUCUCCAAGAUCAUUCCAUAAUCACGCUGCUGCAGCUUCCAUUACUUCUUCUCUUUUGUUGGUCAUAAUGAAGUAUAAUCAACAUUCGCCAACAUCAUUUCAGCAGCAGAAAAGGGGAAGAUUGGCUCAAGAUUUCUCACAUCCCCUAUAUAACCUUAAGAAUGUUCUGAUGCUUAGACGUGCUUUCUCUUUCAAUUGGCCUCCACCUGGGCCUCCCCAGCUAGCCAUGGAGCUUGUCAAUAUGGGAAAAAGCUUAAUAUGUAACCUGGUUGCUAUCAAGAGAGGUUUCAUCUACUUCUGCAAGGCUGCCGAAGCUGUUCAACCUUAA